AUGUUCGGCGCCCGUGGCAGCUUUGGUAAAGGCAAGAAAGGCAGCUGGGGCAGCGGCGCUUGGAGUGCUGCCAACAAAGGCAAAGGCAGUGGCUGGGGCUACGACGCGCCGGCGGGUCGCGGGAAAGGCAAGGGCUACUCUGCCUACGAGCAAGGAGAUUGGAUGUCCUGGUCGGCCCCCGCGGAAGCAGAGGAGCCGCACGGGGCCAAGCGGCGCCUUCUAAGCCGGGAGUUGAUGGUCAAGAAAUUGUUGCGACCCUACGCUUCCGCCUCUGGCAGCUUCCUCUACUCCGACGACAACGACAUCGAGCUCUUGUCCAAGCAAUCCCUGCGAUCCUUGCUGAACGCGGACACCUCGGAACUCUCGCGGCGUCCCGCCUAUGGCUUUUCGAUGAUGGCAACCUCCGUGCGGACCCUGGGCGACCGCUUGCUCGACGACAAAUCCAAGGCGGCGGUAACGAAGCUCACUGCCCUUUUCGCCACCGCUACUGGCAAGGAGUUCCUUGAUCACUUGCAAAGUUUGGACUUUGAAAAGGCCAAGGCGGACCCCAAGUCACAUGAGACAGCCUUCACCGACGUCUUUGCCUUCUACAAGGCUCACAAGAAGCUCCUCUACGAGCACCUGCCCACUCUCGCAGCGCACGGUGCCUGCCUCUAUGUCGGCGCCCUCCAUGCGCUCGACGCUCUCGUCAAAGCGGACGCCCUGGCCGCUUGGGCAGGCCAAAUCCCGGUGGACCAGUUCAUCCAGAAGGCGCUGGACAAGUUCAAGACCCGAACGCCUGACCCCGCCAGCGCAGGAGCCUUUCUCGUCGAGGCAUACCAAGCUCGCAAGAGAUCCGAAGGCGCCUGGAAGCGCACCGGAGAUGUGCGUGGAGACGACUCGGAUGACGCUGCAGGUCCUGGCGUCGGCGUGGACUCGGCCCCCUCGCACACUGAGUCGUCCUCUUCCACCCUGAAACCUCCCAAUGGUGUCCUGACCAUUCGCCGCCCCACAGGAGUCAAUGCAGACGGCAGGAUGAUCGUGCAUGACACGGACUUGAAGGAGACUGUGGAGCUUGAGGCAAACGAGACCGUCGAGGACGCCGUGGGGCGUCUGUUCAAAGCGCAAGGCAGCGAGGCCGAUGUGGGCAACUGGAAUGUCUACAUGCUCGGCGAAGACGGCGUGAUGCACACGAUCUCCGCUGCCACCACCCCUGCCGAGUUGUACGGCGAGGUGGCCUUGGUCCGCAAGGGCGGCUAG